UAGUUAGUUAGUUAGUUAGUUAGUUAGUUAGUUAGUUAGUUAGUUAGUAGUUAGUUAGUUAGUUAGUUAUUUGCAUAUGAUGUAGUGUACAACAAAUUCUCGAAAAACUCACUCAAUUAGCAAGGGAGCGGAAUAACGAUAUACAUCUCUUGACAUUCAUACAAUAUUUUGCUGGGAUGCAAUGGCGCCAGCUCGUAGCGCAUUCAAAUGUUGGUUUUUAAAAUGCGCUAUAUUCUCUCUUUUUACAGCCAUAUGUUUAUAAUUUUUAUAGUUUUUUUUUUAAUAAAAUUUCAAAUUCAGUCAAUAGUUUUAGCAGUUCAAAAACAUUGUUGCACCUAUCUACUUCAAACUAUUUGUUUUAAUUUGCGUUUUAUUUUAAAAGAUAACUUAAAGAAAAAUCUAAAUAUUUGCAAUAUUUGGACAAAUUUCUGUAAAUAAACUAAAGCAAAAAUACUUAUAUGUAUAUGCAUAUACUUAAAGAUGUGGUGUUGUAGUCGGAAUACCACUGGCAUUAUCAUUGGAUCGAUUUACAUUGCAGCCUGUAUAAUCUAUUUGAUUUUCAAUAGUAUGGAAUAUGAUAAAACUUUUAUUGAAUUUUUGAAAUCGGAAGCUAUAAAAUCAAUCAUAACAUGUUCGGUGAUUAUUUUAAUAUCAGCUUUAUAUAUAGUGGCCAUUGUUAAGAGAUAUCAGUACUUGAUAAUACCGUGGCUUAUACUUGGCAUCUUUAUUUUCUUCAUCACCUGUAUUAACGUCUACUUUUUGCAUUUUGAUUUUAGUUUUGAUUCGUUUUUUCUAUUAAUAAUACUGUUGAUAUUUGGUAUACAAAUUGCAAUUUUCGUCUUUAGUGUUUCAUUGUUUAAGGAAAUACAUGAAGAAAAUAAUAUAGAAACGAAUCAGACGAAUGAAUCCAUGGAUCGAAUGGCAGACAAAGAUUUGCUUUGACUAUAUAUUCCACAGAUAAAGAUUAAAUUUUAAUCGCUGGACUAAUUUUACAUUUUCUUAAAUUUAAUAUAAAUUAAAUAUAAAAAAACAUAUUUAUAUAA